AUGGCCGCCACCCUCCCGAAGACGUACUCGGCGUUCCGGCGCGCGGGCGCCACCAUCGAGCAGACGACCGAGGACCUGCCGGCGGACCUCGGCGCGCACGAGGUGCUCAUCCGGGUGCGCGCCGUGUCGCUCAACUUCCGGGACGUCGCGAUGCUGCACGGGCGGUACCCGGUCGCGGUCGAGGAGCGCGGCAUCGCCGCGUCGGACUGCGCGGCCGAGGUCGUCGCCGCGGGCCCCGCCGCCGCCGCCGCCUUCCGCCCCGGCGACCGCGUCGCGCCCAUCUUCGACCUCGCCAGCCUCACCGGCCACGAGGACGGCCCCGUCCGCGCCCUCGGCGGCGACGCCCCCGGCGUCCUCCGCGAGUACGCCGUCUUCGCCGACGCCCACCUCGUCCACCUGCCCGCCCACCUCUCCUGGGAGGAGGCCUCGACGAUCGCGUGCGCCGGCGUCACCGCGUGGACUGCGCUCGGCAACCCCGUGUCCGUGGACCGGCCCCACGCAACCGCGCUGCUGCAAGGCACCGGGGGCGUCAGCAUGUUCGCGCUCCUGAUCUGCCUCGCGGCGGGCAUCCGGCCCAUCAUCACCUCGUCGUCCGACGCGAAGCUCGCCGCCGUCCAGAAGCUGAGCCCCGAGGUGCGCGGCGUCAACUACAAGACGACGCCCGACGUCAGGGCCGAGGCUCUCCGCCUCACCGACGGCCGCGGCGUCGACGUCCUCGUCAACAACGUCGGCCCCGCCUCCGUCCCCGACGACGUCGCCUCCCUGCGCCAGCGCGGCGUCCUCUCCUUCGUCGGCUUCUUGGGCGGCGUCACCGGUCAGCUCGACCCGAGCCUCCUGUUCGCCCUCAUGAGCAAGAAGGCCAAGAUCCAAGGUAUCGGGGUGGGUAGUAAGGCCGACUUUGAGCAGCUGAAUGAGUUCCUCGAGAAGCACGCUGUCUCGCUCGCCCCCAUCAUCGACCGCGUCUUCCCUUUCGAGAAAUCCAAGGAGGCGUUCGACUACCUCUACUCAGGGAAGCACGUUGGGAAGGUGGUUAUAAAGCUAGGGCAGGAUUGA